CAAUGCGUUCAAGCGAUUGGUGUAACUGACGUCAUCAACCCGUGUGUCAUCUUGAACCAUAUCAUAACCGCGGCACAUAACACAGAAAUUUUGGUUAUUCGCUUGGAUUUGAUUAUACACUUGUUGUGCACUCGUUCCGUAGCCGUACGUGUUGCCUAAACGUCAUGUUGCUUCAGCUAACAAUGUUUGGAAAAUCUCUGAUUGGUAAAGUAUAUCAAAACUAACAGAUAGACAAAGAGCAGUUAAGUGGAUGAAAAAGUUAACUACAUGUAAUCGAUCGAUAGAAGAAAUGAAACUGAGGAACGACUUCAUGUAUUAUUUGGUCAUUAAUAUUCAGCAAGGUGACCUGCAACCACCUUUUACGGAAAACCCUCCAACAGCACAAUUGCCCAAUAUAGCACAUCUUCUGCCCGGUGGUGUAGCAGAAGUAGAAGUGGAUGAAUUUGGUGAGCAGCAACCCUCUCAGUCAGCCAAACCGAUGCUCUACGAGAAUAGUCCAGAUGGUGGAGCGUUUUUGGCUGCUCAGCCAGUGCCUAGGUGUGGAGCAUUCUGUUAUUUGGCUGUCGUUGCCAGGGACCCCAAACACGAAUAAGUUUUCAAUCCUGCUGAGAAGUAACACCAAUGAUUUGUUAUAUGUCGCAUAUCAUGAACUUCAAUCCAUUUGUAAGAUGAUUUUUUUGAAACUGAAUCACGGUAAUAUAAUAUAAGCUUAUUUGAUUUAUUUAACUGGGAGAGAUCGAUGAAGGACUCCAAUACACUCACGCCGAAAAAUCCCGAGAUUCGUGAGUCUGAAAAUCUGAAUAUUUUCUAGCAAGAGCGUACGCAGCUCAAAACGGAAGGGAGGCAACUUCAUAAAAAAAUUGGUGGAAGUUCCACAAAUCAUCUAUCUAUAUCAUAUCAUUUCCACGCCUAUUGGACGUUUCAUAUGAAUAUGGAAAACUACUAGGAUUGCUUUUUUGAAGCAUUCAAGUAAGCCAAGUGGUAACACUGUUGUAAAAGAAAAUGUAUAUAAGGAUUUAUAUAUUCAAAGGACCCUCAUCUCGAAAUAAAAAAUGCUUGCUAACUUUCUUGUCAAGCUUCAAAGUUAUAAGUUAGAAC